GCAGCCGGAGGUCCCGGACGCCUCCGACGGGGAGAGGCGGAGCCGCCGAUCAGCAGGGGAAGGAGGUUGCUGGAGCUCCCGCGCGGUGAGUGCGGCCCGGGCCGGCCCUGCCAUGGCGUGCGCCUGGAGCUUCCCCCUCGGGAUAGGGGGGGAGCCGGCCCCGGCCAGGGCGCGGGACCUUCCUCCACCUGUGUGUGUGUCUGCGCAAUGUUCAACCCUUGCUCCAGGGCAAUGAAGUUGCUGGCCUGUGUCUGUGGCCUGGCCCUAGUGGCCUGUGCACUAGCACUAGAGAAUGGGCUCAUGCGGACGCCCCCGAUGGGCUGGCUGGCUUGGGAGAGAUUUCGCUGCAACACUGACUGCAAAAUAGACCCCCAGAACUGCAUCAGUGAGAGGCUCUUCAUGGACAUGGCAGACCGCCUGGCAGAUGAUGGCUGGAAGGAGCUGGGCUACGUGUAUGUGAACAUCGAUGAUUGCUGGAUGGCAAAGCAACGGGAUGCAUCAGGGCAACUGGUCCCAGAUCCUGAGAGGUUCCCCAGAGGGAUCAAAGCCUUGGCAGAUUAUGUGCACUCCCGGGGACUGAAAAUGGGCAUUUAUGGUGACCUUGGCACCUAUACAUGUGGUGGCUACCCGGGAACCACACUAGAUCAGAUCGAACAGGAUGCCUUAACCUUUGCACACUGGGGUGUGGACAUGCUGAAGCUGGAUGGCUGCUACUCUUCAGAGGAUGAGCAGGCCCAGGGCUACCCUAGAAUGACAAAGGCCUUGAACGUGACGGGCCGUCCCAUCGCCUAUUCCUGCAGCUGGCCAGCCUACCAAGGAGGGCUUCCACCCAAGGUGAACUACACUCUCCUGGGAAACAUCUGCAACCUCUGGCGUAACUAUGGUGAUAUUCAGGACUCCUGGGACAGUGUCCUCGCCAUUCUGGACUGGUAUUCAGAAAAUCAAGAUGUGCUGCAGGCAGUGGCUGGUCCUGGCCACUGGAAUGACCCAGACAUGUUGAUCAUUGGGAACUUUGGCCUCAGCUUUGAACAGUCUCGGUCACAGAUGGCAUUGUGGACAGUGCUGGCUGCCCCCCUUUUAAUGUCCAAUGACCUCCGCACGCUCUCCCAAAGUGCCAAGGAGAUCCUGCAGAACAAGCUGAUGAUCAAAAUCAACCAAGACCCCUUGGGAAUCCAGGGACGCAUGAUCCUCAAGGAGAAAUCUCACAUUGAGGUGUUCCUGCGUCCACUUUCCCACUCAGCCAGUGCCCUGGUUUUCUUCAGUCGGCGGACGGAUAUGCCAUACCGCUACACUACCUCCCUGGCCAGGCUCAACUUCACAGAGAAUGCUGUGUAUGAGGCACAAGAUGUGUACAGUGGAAACAUCAUCAGUGGCUUGGCACCCGAACACAACUUCACUAUCAUCGUCAACCCCUCAGGAGUGGUCAUGUGGUACCUCUAUCCCACCAUGUACCUUGAACAGCCCUUGAACUUUGUCAGACAGCAAUCCUCUAUGAAGGGCUUUCAUCCAUUGGUCCUGUGAAGCCAACUGAAGAAAGGUGAUGGGGGCCAGCUCAGGUUUUAGCAGCAAGAUGCUAGGGUGCAGGCUUCUUUUUGGCACCCAUUAGUUUCUUGCUGACACUUUCACCCUACAGGGAACUGAUGUUUAAAUUGUUCAUAUUAUUCAAGCCUGUGAUUUAUACUUAAAUCUCUCUGUAAAGCAGCAAUAACUGUUGCCUACCUCAUGGGGAUAAUGUCCAGCUUAAUUCAUUAAUGAUUGUAAAGUGCUGUGGGACCCUCCUAUGGCAGAUGCCACACAAGCACAGAGCAAAGAUGCAAUAAGAAUGAGCUAAGUACUAUUCAACCAUUUGGCCUUAAUUCCUCUCUAGAUAAGGAUGGCACCAUCACAGGUCACUGGAAAGGCUCUUUUGGAUAGAUUUUCAGUAAAGCCUUAGAUCUGAUCUCAGUAUCAUGAAGAGCUAAGUUCCAUACAGGUGCUGGACAGGCAGACGCACGUACUAUAUGGGGUACCUUUUUUUCUCUUCUCCACCCCCCCACCCCCCCUCCAAAAAACCACAUUCUUUAGAUCGGAAUGACAUAUAAAAAAAGUCAGCAGGACUCAUCCACUUCCAACUGAGACUUACUCUCUUCCAGAGAAUAGCACUCCUUUGGGAGUAUGGAGCUGUCCUCAGAGCAUAUGACUGGGCAUUCGGCCACUGACAUUCAGUCCAGUCUCUGUCCAUCACCUUUAUCAAACUUCUCAUUAUACAGCACCCAUAAAGGGAGGACAGUUCUAUUUACCGGACACGGGGGCUGUGAGGAUUAAUUGUAACGGGUACAUAAUGUCUCAGAUGCAUGAGACAUCAUCUCAACUACCAACAUGCUCAUCCAUUGCUUAUCGUCACACAUCUGCUAAACUUCCAUUUUGUCCCAACAGUAAGGCACUGAGAGGCUUUGCCAUAUAGCAGUGGCAGUACAAAGGUUAGAACAGGAACAUCCAUGUCUCUAUCCCGGUUUGAAUAAUUAAUUUGUAUUGGCAAAAUGGGACACUCCUGUUGGAAUCUUCUAUCCCACCUAGUUCACAGAUCCUGACCUUUUGCCCUGCUUGCAAGCGCACACAGUAGCCCUGAAAGACAUUCGUAAAGGGGAUUCUUACAGGUACCAGUCCAGAGGGGCAGAAUAGGUUCCUGGGAGAUAUUGUGAUAGAUUAGCAGGAAGGAUGGCAGCUGUUUUGGGUGUGCGUGGGGAUGUGUAGAAUGGUGGGUGCUAAAUGGCUGAUGAAAGAAUUUCAAAAUAAAUCUAGACUUGGAGCAGCUUCAAAAGGGGACUUGCACAGACUUGGAGCAGCUUCCAAAGGGGAAGAAGGUGUAUGAUCCUAUACCGACACAAAUAAGUUAGACUGCCUCAGUUUUGACUGUGGAUGAAGCAGGAUUAAAGUCAGAGUGGUUUUGCUACACUUUGUAUGGCUACAGACUUAUGUACAAGUAACAGUCAGUGUGAAAUCUGCUAUAAGCUACAUGGUCCAGAGCAGCAGUUCGCACUCCCCUUUUGAGGCUGCUUCAAAUGUACAUUUGUCCAUAGUCUAAGUCAGGCUUUUGCAUCUGUCCAGUGCCAAAAACAAAAUGAGGCCUCCAUUGCUCCCAUCCUCACCGUCACCUGCAGAGGAGAGCAGUACUGCUGUAAUUCCUAGAAAUUGCUACUGCCAGAGCUGGCUUGACCUUUUGGGUAGAACCACAACAAGGUUCUUCUGGGUUUCUUUGCCCCUACAACCAUACAACCAGAACAGGCCCAAGCAGUGUUAAAUCUUGUCCAGACAUGGUUAUUCCUUGAGCCUCUCAACAAAAUCACUUACCAAAGCUUAAAAAAGGAUGCAGAGAGACAGGCUGGAGGUGGCCCCUUACUGCAGAGGUGGAGAGCACUGAUUGUUCCUUUCCACCUUAGCAAGCAACUUUUAUGGAUUUCUCUUUGCAUUUUCCAGGCUAGGAAAAGGACCAGACACUUAAGUAAGCAAAGUGUUCCUCCUUCCAUUUAUAGCUACCUGAGAUCAGCAGGAGGUGGUGGCCAAAAAGCAUCACAGGGACAGCUUUGGCUUUCAAGAAAAGUCUUCAAGUGCCAGGCAGGAGAGGCAAAACCUCAGCCAUUGCACUUUACACUGAAACCAGUCAAACUUCCUGACUUCCUAAAGGGAUUAGUUUUGCUUUCUAAGUGACUCUGACAGGUUACUUUCUUUUUUUUUUUUAUUGGAAAUUCCUUAAAUAAAAGGGAAGCAAGUCUCAGACCUCACUGUGACUGUUGGAUAAGUAUGCUGUGUAAAACAUCCAUUGCCAGCUGUCACUGAUCUUUCACAUGCUCUUGUACUUCACCUUCUCAGGAUAUAUGCAUAAUUCCCACACUAGGAAAGAGAAUUGUAUAUCUUUCAGAGGUUAGGUUGAUACAGACCUAGGGCUAGUUUUCAAGCUAUUACAUGGAGAUUAAUGCUUAAGAAGGCUUCUGUUUUCACUGCUACAAUCUAACUUUGGCAUUUGCAAGUAAGUUCUCAUCUCAAACUUUUUUCUACACUAUAACUAUGAAUUCAAACAGAUUUGUUCUUUUCUAAUUAAAACAAACCAGUUACUUAA